AAACACUCUCUGAAUACAUCUUGUUUUCCUGUGCAGUGAAACCCCUGUUCAUCGCAGGGGGCAUGUGAAAAUAUAGAAAGACCAUAUGAAAAUAUAUUUUUAAAUGCUUUUACACUUCCCACAAAUUUGAAACACAUUUUAAUGUUUUAAAACACACAGAUAUAUUAAAAGACACCUAUUAAAGUAUUAAUUUUCAUCUGUUCUCGCCCUCUCGCCGUUAAGAAAUGCGAGACUAUCAUAUAACAUCACUUUGAGGAAACAAAAAGAAGACUGGCUUGCACAGGUCUCAAAAGAAGAGCCCUAGCGUGCUUGCUUCAAUCUUUAUUUCGUCACUUCAACUUGAAGUUUACUCUAAAACUCACACACAAAAUGAACCGGAAUUCCAAAUUGUACAUUCAAACACUAAAUGUUCUGCCUAACCCUAUCUUUUCAGCUAACAAAAGUCUGGUAUCUUAAUGCUAAUUUAUAAUGUGAAAUGCCAUUGGCAGACUAAUGGAGAUCAGAUACUGUAGAUGUCACAGUCAUUCUGAACCUUGAAACAACUGCACAUUUGAACACCAAAAUGUUCAACCAAACCACAUUUUAUCUGUCUUAUGACAAUCUGAAAGCUCAAUACUAACAUAAUGUAAAAUGCCAUAGAUUAGAUAACAGAAAUUAGCAUACUGUAGAUUUCACGGUAAUCAGAACUUUGAAACAACUGUUAUUUUAACAGACGGAGCAGCGACACAUUCAAGCAGUGCAGACAUCGACACUCGCAGGAUUGUAUUCUCGACUAAACGCUAAUUCCACUCAAUCGAAUGUUUUCAGUUAAAGAAAGUCUGCUAUCUCAAUGCUACACGUGGAGAAGCAACAUACAACUAGAGCUCACAACAAUACUUCUUGCGUAUGAUUACACUGCAUAUCUUCCCUGAGAGCUCAGUGCUGCCUGGACAUGUUGUGGUACAACAUGGUACUACACUCAAGGUGCACAAUUCAAAAUUCAGACCUCUAUACACAGUGGACGCUGCAUAUUCGCCGUUCGGCACCUGCGGAUUCAUCUAUUCGCAGAUUUAAAUUUUAUUUUUAUUUUUUUAAAAGGUUUUCUUUUGGGGGCGGCGCAAGGCCCCUUUUUCGUGGAAAAUGCUUAUUGGUGGUAAACCCUACUUCAAAAUGUUUGGGGGGUUCAUCAAAAAACAUUUUUUUUUUAAUUCGAUGCAAUUAUAAUGGGUGUCAAUUAUCUGUGGAUUUUCCACUGUACUACAAAACGCAAAGAAGAGGGGGAUUGGGUAAAACAAAAAAAAGUGGGGGAUCAGGUCAAAGAAACAUUGGAAAACUCACGUAAUCACUUAAAAAUCCACGAUAUAGCGGUUGACUGUACUUUCUAGGCAAAAUCCAAAUGUCCACAUUCUCGUCCUGUGACGUCAGACCUUGUUGACCUCUGAACUCGUCUGAUGUGUUGCAGGCAUCCUCAAACACGUGUGCUGCCACAAACUCAACACCUGGUACGACGCGGCAGGCAGGGUGGACAUGGCGGCGGUCCACAGGCUCCUGGGCGCCAACCAUCUGGAGCGCGUGAUAGGCUGGUACCGUCAGCGCAGGAACACGGAGCGGCAAAUGAGCAUGCGCGAGAAGGCGGUGCACCAGAACCUGAAGGUGGCGCUGCGCAAACCGCACGCCGUCUUCCUGCUCGUGACGCCCACCACGCUGACUGACGCGGGCUCCACCCACCGCACCGAAUACGCCGCCUUCCUCUCCAGCAGCAGGUGCCCGUGGCGGUCACCAACAUGGCGUCUUUGGACCAUCGGGCCUACUGGAUGGCGCCUACCCCGUGCUCGGCGCCAGGUUACCAGCGUGCCGUCAGCCGGCACAGGUAACACGUGCACGCACGCUAUUGUGGGCGCAGCUGGUGAGUUUGUUUUCUGUCCAAGUUCCAAAAUGUUGGACGCCAGCGGCCAGUCGGCGGACGUGGACGCCGUCAACGCCAUGAACGCGUCGCUGCAGGACGAACUUCAGAGGGCGUGUAGCGCCGUGGUGGACAGCGAGCGCGCCGUGGAGAAGACGCUCUCCGACGUUUUCGCUCUCAUGAAGACAAUCGGUGACAGGAAGUCGGCCUUAGCGAGCAAAGCAGAGGGCGCCCCCGUCGCCGAGCGGAACGUCCGCCUCCAGCUGGCCAUCCGCGCGCUCUUCGCCCGCCGCUCGGACCUCUUCGCCUGCACGCACACGCUGACGCUGGGCGGCUUCCCCGUGCCGGCCGUCGAGAGGGCGUCGCGCCCCCUGCGACCGACGGCAACUGUGAAAAGGUACGCCGCCGGCGUGCCGCAGGGCGGCAGGAAGAAAGGGCGCAAGGGAGACGCCACAAAGUGAUGAUGUCAUCGGCAAGAAAGACGCCGCAGUCAGCGGUUUGGACUUUUACAUUUAUUGGCCAAUGACGGGAAGGAGGAGGCGGGGCUAUUCCACAUUUUUGAUGCCGCAGAUGUUCGGGUCCCGCAUCAACUCGGGAUGUUUGUGUGUCACCGACAUGAAACCUACACACACAUUUAAAGCAAAUUAUUUUGGCAACAUCUGGUGGCAUCUUGGUGCCAAGCAACUAAGUUGACUUAAGUUCAGGAACUUCAGUGCCUCGUUGCCACUGUCAGCGGUGCCUUGAGAUAAGAGUUGAAUUCCUUCUUGUAUUGCAAAUCAUCUUUCCCCAUUGAAAUGAAUGAUCUCGUCCAGCCUCCCCAUAUAAACAACAACAAAAAAAAAAGUCUCAAAUAUUAUAUGUAAUAAAAACAUGCAGUAACAGUAUUAAAAAAUUGAAUUUAAAGCAAUUAUUUGUUGACCCAUUCUUUGACAUCGUGAUACACAGCACACGGAGACGGUCACAGCUCCUCAGUAAGCCAGUAGUAAAAUUAGUCGUUCUUUGCAGAGGAUAACAAAUAUUUGCCUGUGAGUAGAGUGACACAGAUGCUAUUUGUUAGCUAUGGUGGUUUUCAUUAUGUAUUAGCAUUAAGAUUGUUGACUUUAAGGUUUAAGUUGUGAUGGUUUUAAAUACAAAACUUGUAAUUCUCUAAAAAGUUUGAAAAAAUUGUCUGAACAAUAGCUCUUAUCUCCAAAACUAGUAAGUCAGGUGACUUGUAUCUCGAGGCACCACUGAUUUGGCAAUGAGAAAACUUUUUAGGGGGAGUGUUAAAUAGACAAAUUUUUGCUUUUCUGUUAAAUGAUUACAUUGUUAGUGUGGGAAAACUAAUCGGUGAACUUACCCAUAGCGUGCGCCUUCUUGAUGGCUUUGGAAAUUUCUUUUUGUUUGCGUCCGCACAAGCCUGACGUCAAGAUUGACAUUGUUUGUUUGUUUUAUGCAAAAUCAAAUAAAGUUUGUCUUGGCGCGGCUUA